AUGGAGUUUGCUUUUAUAGGCCCAUGCUUGCCUGUUUCAGGGGAACGUCCUUUCCAGUGCAAUCAGUGUGGAGCAUCCUUUACUCAGAAAGGGAAUUUACUCAGACACGGCAAGCUGCAUACUGGAGAGAAACCAUUCAAAUGUCAUUUGUGCAGCUACGCCUGCCAAAGGAGAGAUGCCCUGAGCGGGCACCUCCGCACACACUCUGGUGAGCAUACCUUCAACUUUCCUCACACUCACUACAUUUAA